AUGGGUCGAGAUCCUCGUUGGAAAUAUUGUACACCUAUGGAAGGGAACAAAAAUGGAACAAUAUGCAAUUACUGUGGGUUGGCAAUAAAGAGUGGUGGGAUUACUCAUUUUAAAUUUCACCUAUCACAUACAGACCCUAAUUCAAAUACAAAAAAGUGUCCUAACGUGCCUCCAGAAGCGAAACAAGAAAUAAGACGACUUAUAGAGCAAAGAAAUAAGGCAAAAGUGAAGAAAGCUGUAGAUAUAGAAGAGAUUCGAGCAGAACUGCGAGACACAAUGGGAAGAAGACAUAGGCAUGUAAUUGAUGAGGACGAUGAGGAGAACCUUGGUGGUGAUGGUGGUGGUGAUGCAAGACAGAAAACUGUGAAAAAUCUUUUCAAAGGUGGUGCCAUCAAGGAAACCAUGGGACGUUUGAUCAGUAAGUUCUUCAUAUAUGAGAGUGUUCCGCCCAGUAAAGCAGACUCUCACCACUUCAAGAACAUGAUUGUUGGUGCACAACAAGCAGGUAUGGGUAUAGAACCACCGUCUCCUUAUGAAAUCAAACACAAGUAUUUAGAUAUGGAGUACAAAGACAUGGAAGCUUAUGUCAAUAUUCAAAGAGAAAAGUGGAACACUUAUGGAUGCACGAUUAUGUCUGACGAAUGGACUGGGCCCACGAAAUUAAGCAUAAUUAAUUUCAUGGUAUAUUCAAAAGGUAGCACAAUCUUCCUCAAAUCCGUUGAUACAUCAAAUAAUAUAAAGGACAACAAAUACAUAUAUGGUUUGUUGAAGGAUGUGAUCAAGGAAGUUGGCAAACAAAAUGUGGUCCAAAUAGUUACAGAUAAUGGGUCGGCAUUCGUGAAGGCGGGGAAGUUGUUAAUGAAGAAAUACAAUCUUUAUUGGACUCCGUGUGCAGCACAUUGCAUCGACUUAAUGUUCGAAGACAUCGGUAAGAGGACGAGUGUUGCAGAUCUGAUUACAAAGGCUCGAAAGAUAACCAACUUCAUUUAUAACCAUGGUUGGUUGCUUGCACAGAUGCGGAAGGUGUGUGGUGGAGACAUAGUUCGUCCUGGAGCAACAAGAUUUGCAACCCAUUAUAUAGCCCUCGACAGUCUUUUGAAAAUGAAAGCAAACUUGAAGAAAGUGUUUAUCAGUGAUGAAUGGGCACAACACAACUUAAGUCGCACAUUAAUCGGCAAAGAGGUUGAAUCACUUAUGUUUGACCAUGCGUACUGGGAAAUAGUGGGAAAGUUAGUGUCAAUAUAUGAGGCGCUAUACACAGUUCUUCGCAUUGUCGAUUCAGAAGUUGUUCCUACAAUGCCAUUUGUGUACGAAUUGAUUCGAGUUAUGAAAGAGAACCUCAUUCGACUUAAUGCUAAAGAAUGGGUGUUAAAAAUAAUUGCAGAUCGUUGGGAUAGAACUCUUAAACAUCCUCUUCAUGCAGCAGCAUUCUUUCUUAAUCCGAGAUUUCAAUAUAAACGUGGAGUUGGUACUGAUCCUGAUCUACUUCAAGCUGUUCAUGAAGUCUUUGCGAAAUUAGAUCCUACAUCAAAAGGUCUUAGUCAAUUUGGAAAUGAGAUUAUACUAUUCCGAGAUGCAAAAAGAGGAUUCGGUGAUCGAGCAGCGAUUGCUUCGAGGUCAGAAAUGGUUCCCGCUGAAUGGUGGUUCAUGUAUGGACAUCACGCUCCUACAUUAAGAAGGUUGGCCAUCAAGGUUUUAUCGCAAACUGCAUCAUCUUCAGCUUGUGAGAGAAAUUGGAGCACGUUUAUACGUGACAUGGAAGCAGAACAUGACAAAGUUGCAGAGAAAGAUUACCUCGAUUUACUUGACAUUGCAACUGAGGUUGGUGAAGAAGAAGAUAACCAAUUGUUUCAAUGGGUUAGACCUCUUCAUUUAGAUGAUGAUGAUGGAAAUCCCGACCCACGAAUUGCCGCACAUGUCCGAGAAGCAGGUGUUGAUGUUGAUCGAGUGUUAUCCGAAGAAGUUCAUACUGAUAGUUUCAGCCAAGACACGAAAGAUUCAUUUCGACAAGGAAUUUCUCAGCCGGCAAUCACUUCUCGACCUUCUUUUGACUCCACGAGUGUUGAACAUAGUAGUAGACCUAGUGCUACUGGUACUUCCGCUUCCGGUUAUGAUGGUUCAAGAAGAGAGGGGACCAAUGAUGGUAGCGACCCUGGAAAUGAUGAAGGGGAUGUUAGACAACAACAACAAAGUGGACAACCAUUGGCAUUUACUUGUGAAGAUGAUUUCACACAUUGUACUCAAGAUGAAGACCACGGCUCUAGAAGAGCCGGUCCAGGUGUUGGAGCCAUUGGAAAGCCAUAUAGAGGAAGACAACGAAGGAUGAUGCCAUACAACGAGGACUCAUUGUCGGCCAGUUUUGAGUCAAUGAGUGUAGAGACUCAAUUCAGUGAUUCAUCGAACGAAGCCAACAUUUAUGCCCCUUAUGCAAUGAGUUAUGGUCAGCCUCCUCAAAAUCUUUCAAGUUCCACUGAUGAAGACUUGCAUCUCUCACUUGGGGCUUUCUCUGUAUGA